AGGCGAGCAGCCUCCACAGCACAGAGCGGCUCCCCGCGCACCGCCGAGCCGUCAUGAGCUGGGUACCGGGAGUCAGCACCGCCGGCGAGGAGGAGGAGGCUGGCUAGAGACAGGAGAGAGAGAGGGGGAGGGAAAGGGAAAGCUUUUGUGUGUUUCCAUUAAAUGUCUCUCGCUCUCCCAUCAUGCUGUACUUCCAGCUGGUGAUCAUGGCCGGGACCGUCAUGCUGGCCUAUUACUUCGAGUAUACCGACACGUUCACGGUGCACGUCCAAGGCUUCUUCUGCUACGACACCGCCUACACCAAGCCCUACCUGGGACCGGAGGACAGCAGCGCCGUCCCGCCCGUCCUGCUGUACGCCGUGGUGGCCGGGCUGCCCACGCUGCUGAUCACGGUGACGGAGACGGUGCUGUUCCUGGUCCAGUACACCUCCAAAGAGUUUGACCGCUCAGAGAAGACAGUGGCAACCGGGGACUGCUGUUACCUCAACCCUCUGGUUCGCAGGACCUUUCGCUUCUUAGGAGUCUACACCUUUGGCCUCUUCACUGUUGACAUCUUUGUCAAUGCAGGCCAGGUGGUGACGGGGAACCUGGCGCCCUACUUCCUAACAGUCUGUAAGCCAAACUACACAGCACUGGGCUGCCAACAGGCCCUGCGCUACAUCAGCCACCAGGAGGCCUGCACCGGCAAUCAGGACGACAUCCUGCGUGCCCGCAAAACAUUCCCAUCCAAGGAGGCAGCACUCAGUGUGUACGCCGCGCUCUACCUGGCGAUGUAUGUGACAUGCACGGUACAGGCUAAGGGCACCCGCCUGGCCAAGCCAGUGCUGUCUCUUGGGCUCAUGUGCCUGGCCUUCCUCACCGGUCUGAACCGUGUGGCUGAAUACCGCAACCACUGGUCGGACGUCAUCGCUGGCUUCAUCAUCGGCACUGCCAUCGCCACCUUCCUGGUGGUGUGUGUGGUACAUAACUUCAAAGGCAAGUUACUGCUGAGCGAAGAGUUGCCAGCAGAGCAGCUGCCCAACACUGCCGUGAUGAACAUGGGCCGAGUGGAGAGUCCUCUGGAGAAAUACAUCGCCUCACAGAAUCACAUCGCCUUCGCUGAGGUCACAUGACGUGGAGUCGGCUGUGUGGCAGACCCACUGGACGUCCACACUCUUCACUGUCCAAUCCAAUUAGCUGGAGUGCAGCGCUAAACCCAUCAUCUGUAUCUGUCUGGUCUGCCGUAUGUUGUUCUAUGUUGUCUUUUCAGGCCCCUGUGUCAUUUGCAGCUUAUUGUGUUCACGAAAGAAAAAAAUACAAAACAAAAGAGAAGAAUCGAUAACUUGGUGGGACAGGUUGCUUCUGCUUUCUCCAUCUAUGCACUUAUUCAGAAUUGAUUUUGGACUUUCGCCUCCGAAAUGAAGCUCAAUUCAAGACAAAGCCUGAAGCAGACUUGUUGCACACAGUCGAGAGACAAUUUUGACUAGAAGGGAAGAACCAGACGUUGCCAUUUUAACUAGGUGAUUUUUUUUCUCUCGAGUUGUUUGAAUAUUUUGUGUGAGAAACAUCUUUUUUGGCUUUUUUUGGGCUUCAGGUCUUCAGCAAGAUGGCUAUGGGAAAAUAGUCAGAUUCAGUGAGGUCAAUGAGAUUGGACAGAGAGAAAGUGGGAAAACACUCAUCAAGUCGAUGAGGUUGAUUUCUGUGUUUGAAAUGUUAGGUAUGCCUGUUAACAUAAUUUAAUGCGUUUCCAUUCAUGUGUGAUUAUGUGCCCAUCUACAUCACUAUGAUGGUUUAGGGUGAGCAUGUGUGAGUGUGGGUGUGUGUGUGGGUAGAUUCAGUCAAGCUCCAUUCACUCCUACUGUUUAAUGAAACCAUAAAGGCUUUGUAAGCUGCACCAGACAAUCACUACCAUUCUCUCUCUCUCUCUCUCUCUCUCUCUCUCUCUCUCUCUCUCUCUCUCUCUCUCUCUCUCUCUCUUUCUUUCGGUCUUGGAGCUAAAAUGAAAGGGGAUGCAGUAGCAAGCAUUAUACUCUAACACUGUAGAUGUAGAAUGGAUAUGGAGAAAAUGGCAUCAAAUCUUUGAAAUCCAUUGUCAAAGAAACAA